AUGGCAGAAGGAUACCCAAGCUCUUAUAAUUGGCUCAUCAUGAACUGGCAAGCGAAAGAUCUCGACAAAGAAUGGGAGCGAUUUUAUCACCAUUGUGAAUUCGCAUUUGGAGGCCCGUUAAGCAAGUGCACAGAGAAGGAAAAGAUUUGCAAUCUCAUGAGUUUUAUUGGAGACAAAGGUCGCGAAAUGUACCUUACGUUUCAAUGGAACACAAUUCAAGUUGGAACAGGCGAAAAUACCCAACAAGUAAGUGAGAAAGAUAUUCUUGAUAAAGUUGCUGCAAUUAAAGUUCAAAGAACAAUUAGCAUCGAAGAAAAAUCCUAUUAUGGCAGCAGUUCAAUUUGA